AUGCUGUCCACCACCAUGGUGGGGGCUCUGGUCAGAGGGUGGAGAAAUCGAAGCUCUCCUCGAAGGGCAGAAUCCAAGCUUCUUAUCCCUCAGAGCCAAGAUGAAAUUCAGACUCCAGAUGCGCACCAGUUGCGUCGUGAAGUGCGGUCAGCUGUAACACAAGCUCCAUAUCUCAGAACCACAGCCAGGCACUCCCGCUCCGGGGACCUCGGGGCCAUGGAGCUCUCCGACAGUGACCGCCCGGUCAGCUUCGGCUCCACGUCGUCCUCGGCUUCCUCCCGGGACAGCCAUGGUUCCUUCGGCAGCCGAAUGACCUUAGUUUCAAGCAGCCACCUGGGCUUGUUUCCUCAGGAUAAGGAAGCAGGGGCCAUAAAACUGGAGCUGAUGCCAGCCAGGCCGUUUUCCAGCAGCGAGCUGCAGACGGACCGUGUGGCCGGGCAGCAGAGCACAGACGAGGGCGGCGAGAGGCAGCCCCGGGCACAGCGCAGAGUGGAAGCCAACGGGGCAACCAAAACGGGGGCCGAAUCGGCCACCAGCCCCAAGCUGCUCUAUGUGGACAGAGUUGUACAGGAGAUUCUGGAGACCGAACGGACUUACGUGCAAGAUUUAAAGAGCAUCGUAGAGGAUUACCUUGACUGUAUCAGGGACCAAACAAAACUUCCUCUGGGGACAGAUGAAAGAUCAGCCCUUUUUGGAAACAUACAGGAUAUCUACCACUUUAAUAGUGAACUUCUGCAAGACUUGGAAAACUGUGAAAAUGAUCCUGUGGCCAUAGCAGAGUGCUUUGUGUCCAAGAGUGAAGAGUUCCACAUUUAUACCCAGUAUUGCACGAACUAUCCAAGGUCCGUGGCCGUGCUAACAGAGUGUAUGAGGAACAAGAUGCUGGCCAAAUUCUUCAGGGAACGGCAGGAAACUUUGAAACACUCACUGCCUCUGGGGUCCUAUCUCUUGAAGCCAGUUCAGCGGAUUCUCAAGUAUCAUCUCCUUUUGCAUGAAAUAGAAAAUCACCUUGACAAGGACACAGAGGGCUACGAUGUGGUGCUUGACGCCAUAGACACGAUGCAGAGAGUAGCCUGGCACAUCAAUGACAUGAAGCGGAAGCAUGAACAUGCUGUCCGCCUGCAGGAGAUACAGAGUUUGCUCACCAACUGGAAGGGGCCAGACCUGACCAGCUAUGGGGAGCUAGUGCUCGAAGGGACCUUUCGCCUCCAGCGUGCCAAGAAUGAGCGGACGCUCUUCCUCUUUGACAAGCUGCUGCUCAUCACCAAGAAGAGAGAUGACACGUUUACAUACAAAGCCCACAUCCUGUGCGGCAACCUCAUGCUGGUGGAAGUGAUCCCAAAGGAGCCGCUCAGCUUCAGCGUCUUCCACUACAAGAACCCUAAGCUGCAGCACACGGUUCAGGCGAAGUCGCAGCAAGACAAACGCCUGUGGGUUCUGCACCUGAAGAGGCUGAUCUUGGAGAAUCAUGCGGCAAAGAUUCCAGCUAAGGCCAAGCAAGCAAUACUUGAAAUGGAUGCCAUUCAUUACCCAGGCUUCUGUUACAGUCCCGAGGGACAGACUUGUGGCUCUCGAAAUGGCUCUGCUCCGUAUCGGCUGAGAAGGAAAUCUGAACCUUCCUCAAGAUCACAUAAAGUUUUGAAGACCAGCGAAACAGUACAAGACAUUCAAAAGGUUUCCAGAGAGGAAGGGUCUCCGCAGUUGACUUCAGCAGGGCCCUCUCCUGCCCAGCGGAACAGUCAGCCAAGCAGUUCUACCAUCCUGAGUGUGCUUCGUGGAGGCGGGGCCGUCCGAAACAUCUGGACCGACCACCAGAUCCGCCAAGCCCUGUUUCCCAGCCAAAGGUCGCAGAACGAGGAGGAUGAAGAUGACUAUCAGAUGUUCCUGCCAUCCUUCUCCUCCUCGGAUCUGAACUCAGCCCAGCUGUGUGAAGAUGGCACUUCUAGUCGACCUUGCAGCUGGCACAUGGGACAAAUCGAGUCCGCAGAGACCCCCAGCUCCGGCCACAGGAUUGUGCGGCGGGCCAGCAGUGCUGGCGAGAGCAACACGUGUCCCCCUGACAUAAGGACUAGGGACAGUGGUGGUUCUCAGUACAGCUCCCAAAGGGAACUGCAGGGUGACCCUAAAACAGAGGGGCAGGACGGGACAACUCCCUACGGGUCCUCUAUAGAGUUGACUAUAGAUGACAUAGACCAUGUCUAUGACAACAUAAGUUACGAGGACUUGAAACUGAUGGUUGCUAAACGCGAAGACGCUGAAGUCACUCCCCACAAACCAGUCAGGGACUCUGUUCGCCCCAAGAGCACCCCCGAGCUGGCCUUCUCCAAGAGGCCAGCGGGACCCGAGGAGGAGAGUGCAUCGCACCCCAGGAGAGACGGAGCCUUCCCGGCCGGGGAGGCCUGGAAUCAAAGCGUGCCCGACCUCCAAGUGAUGGAGGAGAAUGUCUAUGACAUCAUUGCACUCCCGGAGGCGCCCUCCCAGGACUUCAGGGGCAGCAGCCCAAAGCGUCCUGCAAGGAGCACCUUCCUGGGCUUGGAGGCCGACUUGGGGUGCUGUGAUAGUCUGCGGGCCUCUGCUUCCCAGGACAGCCUCCAGUUCAGCGAGGAUGAGGCGCCCUACCCGCCAGGCCCCUCUGAUAACGAUUAUCUGAGUUUGCUCUAUAACUCCUUCGGCUGCAACUUGGCCCUAGCAGAUCGGUCCAUCUCCGAUAAACUGUCUGAAGAAGUAGAUGAAAUCUGGAAUGACUUGGAAAAUUACAUCAAGAAAAACGAAGUCAAAGCCAGAGACCGGCUCCUGGCCGCGUUUCCGGUUAGCAAAGAUGACGUGCAGGAGCGGCCACUGGUGGGCAGCGCCCUGGAGCUGAGCGCUCGCUCACAGCUCUCGCUGCCCACGGGCCAGGCUCUCCUCGCGCCUCCCGGAGACAGGCCCAGGCCGGCCCCCUGUGCCCUGGACCAAGCCCCGGCCGCCAAAGACAGCUCCUGCCUGAGUCUCCACCGGCUGUCGCUGGCCAGUGACCUGCCGCCCGCAGAGAGUCCCUAUGAUGUGGCCGGCGGCAGCCUGUCCCCAGUGGACCUAGAGAACCCUGAGCCCGGGAUGGACAAUGUAGACAAGACCAGGAGCAGGGUUUUCCUGAUGGCCAGGCAGUACAGUCAGAAGAUCAAGAAGGCAAAUCAGCUGCUAAAGGUGAAAAGCCCGGAGCUGGAACAGACGCUCAGUAGCCAGCCGCAGAAGCCCACACCCAAGGACCUGGCAGCCAUCCUAGAAGAGAAGAGGCAGGGCGGGCCUGCCAUCGGUGCCAGGAUUGCCGAGUAUUCCCAACUGUAUGACCAGAUUGUAUUCAGAGAGACCCCCUUUAAGACUCAGAAGGAUGGCUGGGCCAGCCCUCAAGACCCCUCCAACCUCAGUUCUGCAUCACCUUCCCAGGCCCAGCAAGGUAGCGAGGACUGGCUUUUGCAUUCAACCUAUAGUAACGGAGAGUUAGCUGACUUCUGUCCCUGGCCAGAGCAACAAGACUUAAAGUCAAAAUAUCCCACCUUAGAGAUCAAUACGAGAAGUACCCCAAGACAACUGUCCGCAGCUUGCUCCGUGCCUUCUCUUCAAACCUCUGACCCUCUGCUGGGCUCUGUGCAGAGACACAGCGUGGUGGUCAGCCAGCCAAACAAAGAGAACUCCUUCCAGGGCCAUCUUUACAACUCUCUGGGUCGGAAAGGAAUCAGUGCUAAAUCUCAGCCUUAUAACAGGUCCCAGUCAUCUUCCUCCAUCCUGAUAAACAAGUCCGCAGACUCCAUCAACUACCCUAGUGAAGUGGCAAAGAAGCAGCCUGUCUCUCUACACAGAAGUUCAAGGUGGGAGAGUCACCAGGACUUGCUGCCAAGUAUUGCUGACUCAGGUCAACAGGGCCUUGAAAAACGCUCAGAUCUCACACUCCAGGACUCGCAGAAAGUUCUAGUAGUGAAUAGAAAUUUACCUUUAAGUGCUCAAAUAGCUACCCAGAACUAUUUUUCCAAUUUCAAAGAGACUGAAGGAGACGAAGAUGACUAUGUGGAGAUCAAGUCAGAAGAAGAUGAGUCAGAGUUAGACCUGUCUCGCAGUCGGAGGAGGAAAUCUGACCCAAAGAUUACAGACGCUGACUUUACGGAUAACGUCUGCAGCCACACGACUUCUUACUCUUUGAAUAGUCCAUGCACUCCAAAAAAGCCAGUAAGUGGCAAACUUGGGAUUUCGCCAUAUCUGACGCCAUAUAAUGAUCCCGACAAACUGAAUGACUAUCUCUGGAAGGGGCCGUCUCCCAAUCAGCAAAAUAUUGUCCAGUCUCUAAGGGAAAAAUUCCAGUGUCUUAGUUCAAGCAGCUUUGCCUAA